AGCUGUCGCCGGAUAAAGCCAUGGCUCCAGUGGAGAAAGCUGUCGCUGCCGUCAAAACCAAGCCUGGUCAAAAGGGCAACAAUGCCUCCCAUGUAAAAGGAGGCAAGAAAGUCCUGCGCGGAAAGGAUGCCUCCAAGAAAAAGCGCGAGCAUCUGCGGUUCGGCAUUGAUUGUACCAACAUUGCCGAAGACAACAUUAUGGAUGUGGCGGACUUCGAAAAGUAUCUGAAGGAACGCUUUAAGGUAAAUGGUAAGACCGGCAACCUCGGCAACAACGUUACCUUUGAGCGCCAGAAGAUGAAGGUGUAUGUCAAUGCCGACGUUCACUUCUCCAAACGUUAUCUGAAAUACUUGACCAGGAAGUAUUUGAAGAAGAACAGUCUCCGUGAUUGGAUCCGCGUUGUGUCGAACGACAAGGAUCUGUACGAGCUGCGCUACUUCCGAAUCAGCUCCAACGAUGAUGAUGAGGAAGAAAACGAGUAAGACAGGGAUGAAUUACUAUGAUGAAGAAAAUGUUGGAAAUAUGUCCUUGGGUGUUGUGAAGACCAAUACAAAAAAGUGAAAAACCGUGCAAUAAUCAUCGGUUUUUACGAAACGA